CUCUCUCUCUCUCUCUCCUUCUGUCUUUCCCACAGGCACACACAUAACACACUCACAGUUUCUCUCUCUCUUUAAGAUCAUCAGUACUUCCUGCUCACUCUCUGUUGUCAGUCAAAUGCAGCUUUUAUUACAUACAGCAGAGAAGGAAUAAAGAAACAAAAAAGUGAAAGAGAGAAGCAUCCAGUGCCAUAGAACUUUCCAAGGACAAGUGCAGCAUUUUUGCAAUAAACAAACAAGACUUUCUAUUUUUGAUCACUGGGGUUGAAAAGGACAUGGAGUCAAAACCUAGUACCCGGCCUCGGGUUGUGAUCCAAGCCCCAGAGAAACCUGAUGAAGAAAAUUCUCACAAACGACUUGGCAAGCUAACUGUGAAAUAUAACCGUAAGGACCUGCAGAGACGACUGGAUCUUGAGGAGUGGAUCGAAGGACAGUUGAUCAUACUAUACGACUGUGAAGAGGAAGAUGUACCUGAAUUGGAGAUUGACAUUGAUGAGUUACAAGAUCUGUCAGAUGAGGAGCAACGAUCAAAACUUGAAGAGAUCCUGCAGGAAAGCUGUAAUCCCAAAGAAGAAUUUAUUAAUGAGUUGAUUAAUCGUUUAAAGGGUCUUCGGAAAACAGCAUCCCUGCAAAGGAAAUGAUUGCCUUUCUGAAUUUCUAAGAAACAGCUGCCUUUGUGACCAGCUCAUUGAAUUCUAACUCCAUUCUCACCAGUACAGGAAAAAAGGAUAUUUUCCUAGAGAACUCAUUCUGCUGUUAUGGGUUAAGAUCACUGUGAUGUGCUGCCUGCAGAAUUGUUUAUAUAAGUAUACUGCUAAUAUUUGAAUCUGGGACUCUGGUUUUCUCCAAGGACUAAUACAAGACUUCGGUAUCCAUAUUCAUUUUUCUUCUGAGCUUUGUUCAGCAAAACACCCAAAUGAGAUUGCUGUGACCGUUUUAUUAAUGAAGAUCCAUGCAACUUCCUCCUUUUCUUUUAUGAAAGCAGAGUGGAUUUCAAUUUUAUUUCCACUCCAUUCUGGAUCAUAUUCAUAGCUGAAGGUUAUUAUUUUCAGGGCAUCAUGCAAGAUUUAUGUAUAUCUAAAAUGCUGACUUAGACCUGCUAAGAAGGUACUUCAGUGUGCCAUCAAAAAAGUGAUCAGAAUUGUAUGCUGAAAUGUAACCAGUAUGACAGACCACAUUUCUGAACUUCAGCCUUUGUUUUGCUAACAUCUGCUCUUCGUGUUAGAAGCCUCCUGGUUGCGGAGUGAAGGAGGCAGUAAGCUAAACAGCAUUAUGAAUUCCAGCACCUUAAAAUAAUACAAAGAGAAGUGGAAACACAAGACUGAACAACACACAAAAGAAGCUGAAAUCUAGGAGUCAAAGGGACUGGCAUAGGAUGGAGCAAAGAAUAUCUUGUAGCAUGGAAGCUAAAAGGUUGUGGGUAUUCAAAGAACUGUGUAACGGAAAGGAUAUGACAAGCAGUCCACUGACAUCAGCAGUAAGAUAACUAGGAAAUAUGCAAACAGUUAUGAUAUGACCACACAAGCUGCAUUUUAGAAACAGUAUUCCAAUUGUAGGUCUCUUUUAUUACUGGGUCAUAGAAGAUGCUGUAAAUGAUAUGCGUUCAAUGAAAACUUGUUAUCUUGGCACCCUUUGAAAAUGAACUGCCUUUAACUGACUGCUAACAGCUUGCACAGGGAAGGCACAAAAUGCAAAUCAGUGCAUUGACUUCUUUUAUCAUCACAAUGCCUUAAAGUCCUACUGUCUGAAUGACUCAGGUUAGAAAUGGGUUAUGUAAUGACUAUAUAUAGUUAUAAACAAAUAUAAGCUGUGUAGCCCAUACCAAGCUUUCUAUACCUUAAAAGGGAAAGCACAGAUGCUGAUUACUAUAUAACCACUGCUGUCUGGACAAUCCUGUACUGAGUUACUACUACUCCGCUAUAUGGGCGACUCGAUGUGUUUAUUGGCACAGUUGCUCCAGCAUGACUUUUAUGAAAGUAGCUCUUCUAGAUUUAAACCUCCUUCAUUUUUUAGCUUCUUGCAUUUUUUUAAUGACAUGCCAUAUCCAACUAAAAAGUCAUGGCCUCACUGGACUCAUUCACUUCCAACAGACCUUUUCCUCUCAGACUGUCAUAUCUGACAUUGUAUGACUUCUAAAGUAAACAUUAAAUGAGAUCCUAAUAUGUUCAUUUAAAACUUUGUAUGGGUUAGUCAUGUCUGACAUUGUAUAACUUCUAAACUAAACAUUAAAUGAGACCCUAAGAUGUCCAUUUAAAACUU